AUGCUCUUUCAAUCUGUCUUCUUCGUUCCGCUCCUAUCACUGGCUACCCAAGGAGUCGCAGGAACUCCAACCUCACACGACAAUUCUCGAGCGCGUCAUAAGCGAGCGACUUGUACUCCCAAAUCAGCCGGCUCAGCUUCAACAGAUGAUGUCCCAGCCAUCCACGAAACGCUGAAGCAAUGCGGAGAUGGCGGAGUCAUCGUGUUUCCCCAAGAUACUACCUACAUGAUCAGAAGCAAACUCAGUUUUACAGGGUGCACCAACUGCGAGGUCCAGCUCGACGGUCGACUCAAACUCUCAGAUGAUUACACGUUUUGGAACAACUCUCGUACUCAGAUCGAUAUUCGUGGAAUUAGUGGGCUGAAGUUCCAUAGUCCUGCUGGUACUGGAGUAAUCGAUGGCAAUGGGCAAGCUGCGUGGGAUCGAUUUGGAUCCGCCGGCGAUCUGAAGAGGCCUGUCAUGUUUGCCGUGGAGGGGUCUACCGAUGUUGAAGUCAACGGCUUUCUCAUGAAGAACGCUCAAAACGUCUUUAUUGAUAUCGGUUCCAACAGUGAGAGGGUUAAGUUCCUCAACAUGGACUUGACUGCCAUCAGCAAGUCCAGCUAUCCACCAAAGAACACCGAUGGAUUCGAUAUUGGAGCAUCCAAGUACACGACUCUUUCAAACAUCUUUAUCCAGAACGAGGAUGAUUGUGUUGCAUUCAAGGCAGGCUGUGACCAAGUCACCGUCGAGGACAUCACCUGCCAAGGAUCCCACGGUCUAUCAGUCGGUUCUCUCGGCAGAACAAACACAGACACAGUCACCAACGUCUACGUAAGAAAUGCUACCAUGAAAGGCGCCACGAAAGCGGCUGGUAUCAAGAUCUACCCCGGCGGUCCUGAUCAUGGCACAGCAGUUGUCCGCAACGUUACCUGGGAUGGUGUUAUCGUUGAUAAUUGCGGUGCUGCAUUCGAGUUUGAUGCUUGCUACAACGAAGACGAGUCUUACUGCGAACAGUAUCCCAGCACGGCGCAGGUGACUGAGAUCUAUGUCAAGAACUUCUCUGGAGAAACUAGUACCAAGUAUGCUCCUACUACCGGUCAUGUAUACUGCCCUAUUGAGGGAAAGAAUUGCGAUGUUGAGUUCACGAACUGGACUGUUGAGUCGGGAACUGGUGCUGGGCAGUUUUUGUGUGAGAACAUUAGCUCUGAUGUUUUGGGUAUUACCUGCAAGGCUCUUUAA